AGAGGCUGGUUUGGAGUUUGUAAGAAGUACAGAAAGGGAGAGAGGGAUUGCAACUUCAUGGCCGUCGAUUGAUGAGGAUGAUCUUCUAAUAAUGGUCGUUGAAUGAAGAGGACAUAUAAUUAGAGAGUACGCAAGGCGUGGGAAGAGGACAGAGCAGAGGGAGAGAAAGGAGCGGGUAGGGUUUUCAAAGUUGAAAUCUGGAGAUUCGAGGCUUUUGGGAGUGAGACCGGGGAGAUUUGAGGCUUGAGAUUCUGAGGUUGGAAAAAUGGAGAUGGGAAGGAACUAAACUCGUUGAGGAAAGAGCAAUUGAGAGAGAAGCAGAAUAGCUGCUGUGGUUUGAGAAAUAGCCAGAAAGGAAAGGGCAAUUGAGGGUAAUAAGGAGAAAGCGAGGUUAGGGAGUGCCUUUGUACGGAUUCUGCCAUCUCGAAGCAACCACAAGAACGGUUCAAGUUUGAAACAUUCAUGGCAGAGGGUACUGAAGUUGAGGAGCGAGUUGAUCUUGACGACAAUUAUAUGGAAGAGAUAGAUGAUGAUGUUGAAGAACAACUAGAUGAGGAUGGGGAAGAUGAUUCUGGCGAUCCAAAUGAUGGAGAACAUGAUGAGGAGGAAUAUGAGGGAGCAAGAGGAGGGACCAGUGGAAAGGAUCAGUCACCUGAAGACAACAUAAGCCAUGUUGAUAAUGAACAGGUUGAAGAUGAAGACAAAUUCACUCUAAGCGAAGAUGAAAAAGAAAAGGUCGCCCAUCUUCUUUCACUUCCUCCUCAUGGUUCUGAAGUUUUUUUGGGUGGGCUUCCUAAGGAUACGGUGGAAGAGGAUUUGAGGGAUCUCUGUGAAACAAUUGGUGAAAUAUUUGAGAUCAGGCUAAUGAAAGAUAAGGAAUCUGGUGGAAACAAGGGUUAUGCUUUUGUGGCAUUCAAAUCAAAAGAGAUCACAAAGGCUAUCGAAGAGUUGCAUAGUAAAGAACUCAAGGGAAAAACUUUGAGGUGUUCGCUUGCAGAAACUAAAAACAGAUUAUUUAUUGGUAAUGUUCCGAAGAGCUGGACUGAGGAGGAGUUCAGGAAAGUCAUUGAGGGUGUCGGCCCUGGAGUUGAAAAUAUUGAGCUGAUAAGGGAUCCACAAAAUCCAAACCGUAAUCGAGGUUUUGCUUUUGUUUUGUACUACAACAAUGCCUGUGCUGAUUAUUCAAGGCAGAAAAUGACUACUAAUUUUAAGCUAGAUGGCAAUACACCAACAGUAACAUGGGCAGAUCCAAAGAGUGCACCUGACCAUUCUGCUGCUGCGCAGGUGAAGGCUCUUUAUGUCAAGAACAUACCUGAGAACACUACUACUGAGCAACUGAAAGAACUGUUUCAGCGGCAUGGGGAUGUAACAAAAGUGGUUAUGCCACCUGGCAAAGCUGGGAAGAGGGAUUUUGGCUUCAUUCAUUAUGCAGACAGGUCAAGUGCAUUGAAGGCUAUUAAAGAAACAGAGAAAUAUGAAGUCAACGGCCAGGUAUUGGAGGUUGUCCUUGCUAAACCACAGCCUGAAAAGAAAUCUGAUGGUGCUUAUCCUUAUGGCGCUGCACUUCAUCCUGCCCAUCUUCCUCAUGCUGGGUAUGGUGGUUUUGCAGGAGCUUCUUAUGGUUCUGUCGGUGCCGGACUGGGUGUUACUUCUGGUUAUCAGCCAGUAAUUUAUGGUAGGGGGCCAAUGCCAGCAGGGAUGCAAAUGGUGCCAAUGUUUCUACCUGAUGGUCGAAUCGGUUAUGUACUUCAGCAACCUGGAGUACAGAUGCAACCACCAUCUCGGCCUCGGAGGGCUGAUAGGAGCAACGGUCCUAGUGGAGGACCAGGACGAGGUGGAAGUACCAGUGAUGAGGGUAGCCGUAGUAGAAGGUAUCGGCCUUACUAGCAUAAAGUUGCUGAGACAUGUUGUAGUGUAUGAAAGGAAACAGGAUACUCUCUAGUUGGAUGAUUUGUUACUAGAGCAAAAUAAUUUUGCCUUAUAAUCUCACCUAAUCAUUCCUCUCCCCUUCACCUUUCCUUCAUCCAAUCCUCGCCUGCCAUAGAAUUAAGGGGAAGAAUACAAGAAGGGGGGGUUAAGAUGAUAUACCGGACAAGGAAGGGUGGUUGAUUUGGGAAAGUGAAUUAUCAUGUGUCUUAAAUGUGUUAGGAGAUUGUAGACAGUUGACUAGACUCUCUUUUCCUUAUAUUUAUUGGCAUUGUUUAUUUGCACACCAAGCUAUGUGCAAGUCGCACUUGCACCAGUUUGUUAUUUUUAGAAAUAUGAGAUUGGUUAUGCACUGAAGAGUAAGGUGAGGUUUAUGUUUCUGUCAUGCUCAACGUACAGUUCCGUUAUACCUAUGUACAUAUGGGUACUGAUAGUUAGAAGUAGCGAAGUUCAAGCUUAAUAAUUAAUGAAAAGGGCAAGCCUGAACCAUUU